AUGCAAAUCUACACCAACGACAAGACCUCUCCCAGGUCAUUCCCGUGGCUCUGGUACCUGCGUCUGGUUGCCCUCGUCGUCACAUUGAUCGUGCUCGGCAUCACAGCGUCAAAUACUGCAACCUUUCUCGACAUAGGAUGCAAUGCACCGGGUAGAGUCAGCUACAAUCUCGCCGUCUCGAUCCUCUCCCUCAUCGCUCUCGUCUACUUCAUCCUCGCUUCGGGCCCAUCCCGCACCACCAGGCUUCUUCCAUGGUUCAUAUGGGGUCAGCUAGCCCUCGAUGCCCUCAUGUUCAUCUUCUGGCUCUCCGCCGCCGCGACCUCGAGCUAUAGCUGCACCGACUUAUGCAACGCUUGCGGCAUUCUCGAUGGAUAUGUCCUCUUCGACUCCGAGUCCUGCGAGUGCUCCGACUUUUUCUACAAACGAGACUAUUCUCCGAGGCGAGGGAACGUGCUGCAGCCGAGGAGGAGUCAUUCAAGCAGUCCCAGCUCAGGCUCAACUGUGGGUGGAACGAUAGCCGCGAAGCAGGCUUUUGAUGCCAUCAUGACGGUUCUCUUCGCCCUGUUCAUAGCUGCUGAUAUUUUCUGGGUCCUCAAAUCGCGCAGAUCUGGCACCGCUACAGCACCCGCUCCCACAAUCGGCGCGCCAAUGAAAAAUGAAGACGCUGGUAUGUCCGCAGGGGGAGGCGGAGCGCCAACAUAUACCCAGGAGCCCGGCUCCCAGUACAACUAUCCAAUGGCCCCCCAGGGCGGCUACACGGGCCAGCCAAUGCAGAACCAGGCCGGGUCACCCCAGCAGUCGAUGCCCCAGGAAGCAUACUCUGGAGGCCACUAUCCUCAAGGUCAACCUCAAUAUCCAAGCCAAACCUCAUAUCCUCAGGGCCAGCAGGUCCCAUUGCAGACGUAUCCUUCGCCACAAGGAGAGUACCCACCGCAAUACGGGGGCUCGGCUCCACAGCAAGCGAGCUAUCCUGAGCCCCGAGAUGGCGUCUCGGAGAUGCACUCGCCUACGGAACCGCCAAAGAUGAAUGAUCCGUAUCAUAUCUGA